ACAGACCGUAACGCUCAUGACGCCAGAACUAUUGGAUUAUUUUUUAGAGCAACAUUAUGUGAUGCCGAAACAUAUUAAAAACGACAUUGCCUAUUGCGAGUGGGCAUUGCUUCAGUUGGCUGGGGCAUUGCAUCACUGCAGCCAGCAACAACAAAAUAAUAGUGCCACUAAAGAAUUCAAGUGUUUUAUUGCUACCGAGAUCGGCGAUAUCGAGACAGACUACAAACACGUACUUCGUCUGUUGAGCCUCAGCACAAGAACUUUUCGCAAGUUUCUGUCAGAUCGCGGACUCUUUGUGCGCGACGAUCUGAACAAAUGUAUAAUAGCUAGGGAACUGCCGCAGACUGGACAACUGCCGACUGGAGCGUUGCUACCGAAGCCCAAGCAUGUAAAGCCGCGCUCCUCCCUACAGGAGUUGCUGCAAAAAUGGAACAUCACCAAUGAUUCGAUACCUAAGAAUGAGUUCCUACGCCAGCUUGGUCUAUGCAGGCGAAGGGAACAUGACGCAGUGCCGAGACCACAACGAGCGAAACGACGAAGACGCUGUAAUUACCGUGUGGAACCACAUUUAGAGCAGCUGCCUUCGAAGAAAUGCAAAUAUGACAAUGUGAUCUUCUUGGACUAAUGGUCUCAUGCUCUCCUAUGAAUGCAUUGCAACUUUUAAAUUAUCCGAUUUAAACUGUACGC